CUUUCCCCCAGGAUUGAUUUCGCUUUGGAGACAAUGUAUAUCUCUGCUCGAAAAACAAGCGGAACUAUGCUCUCUUAUUCAAGGAAUUAAUGUCUAAUAAGUACAAGAACUUGACUGGGCAAAUUUGUUUUGGACUAAAACGGUUACGGUCGACAGUGAAGUGAGAAUUGACUGCAGUUUAAUUUUUCAAGCAUGAACUUGAAUGCAAUUGAUAUCUAUUGUUUUGUGCAACUUUUAAAAGGAACAUGAUUUCCAAAUGUUGCCGCUGAUAACUUAAUUGGCUGUGAGUUUUCAUUGUAAAAUUAUUUACGUUCCUGGAUAACUCGUUUUUUGGAAUUGAACUGACAUCCUUGUUGUAUUGUUGUCUUAUGCCAUAACCUAAAUUUAGGCUGUUUCUGGUGGGUCAUUAUUUGCUAUAAGCUAGUGUUUGCAUCGACAUGUCACGUUGUAAUAACAAGAAUAUAGAAUAGUGUUUUGCCGCAAAGCCAUUCUACUUCUACUGUGGAAUUACCGCUUUUUUUUUAUUUUUACUUUUUUGCGCUCAAUAUGUUUUUUUAAAGCUCAAACGUAUGAACCACGAUUGGAUUUUAUUCUUCUGCGGUGGAGUUUUCCCUGAGACAACACUGAAAAUGAAGCAGAUAUUAGCGCUGGGUGUAGCGCUGCUUUUGCUAACUUGGACAGGAGAUGCAGCUGAAAAGGGUUCGCCUGACAUGCGCUCAAAACCUAGACGGCUGGCCAUUCGUAGCGCCAGGGUAAACAAAGACCAAUCACAUUCUCUCACACCAAUUCUAACGGAGAGUGGAGAAGCUCAUUCAUUGCUUUCCUUGACCACCUCCAGGAAUUUAGAAAGAGCAAAAGAAAUGCAGCAAGAUCAGAGUUCAGGUUCUUUAUUAAUUGGCCAGCCUAGACGGAUGUUGACAGGCAGGAGACCGAAUCUGCAAAGGCACCAGAGUCAGACUGCCAUGGUUCAGGCUGAUGGUGUUGUUGGGGGUCAACCAAGGCCAGGCCGUGUAGCAGGUGGUACUGGUUCACCCAGCCUCUUAGCAAGCUUUGCAGGGAAAAACCGUGUGCUAAUCAUCUCUGCUCCACACGAGUCUGAUGGUUACUACCGGCUGAUGAUGAGCCUGCUGAAACCAGAUGUGUACUGUGAGUUAGCUGAGAGGCAUGUGCAGCAAAUUGUCAUGUUCCAUCAGGUGGGAGAAAUGGGAGGAAAAGUGAGACGUAUCACAGAGGAAGGGAAGGUGGUGGAGGAGCCUCUGGACACUGUGCUGAUCCCAAGGCUGAUGAACUUUCUCAAGUUGGAGAAGGGGAAGUUUGGGAUGGUGCUGCUGAAGAAGACACUGCAGGUGGAGGAACGAUACCCAUACCCAGUCAGGCUGGAGGCCAUGUAUGAGAGGAUUGACCAGGCACCCAUGCGUAAGGUGGAGAAGAACAGGCAAAAGGGGUUUAUACAGAAGUGCAAGGGGGCUGGUGUAGAGGGCCAGGUGGUGGACAGUAAUGGUUCUGGGACAGAAACCGAAACUUUUGCAUCAAAUCCACAAAUGGAAACACCAGUGGAGAGGAGGCCAGAAAGAAAAGGGUUCCGUAAGCCUAUCCGUCGGCCUGUUCAAAUCGCCCCUGUCUCAACCACCACAGUUAGGCCAACCACCACCACAACUACAAGGCCGACCACCACAACUACUAUUAAAACAACCACCACAACAACAAAGCCUACGACUACCACAACCACGACAACAAGGCCAACAACUACCACCACAACCAUGACAACAAGGCCAACAACUACCACCACAACCACAACCACGACAACAAGACCAACGACUACCACCACAACCACAACAACAACAAAGCCAACAACUACCACCACAACCACAACAACAACAACAAAGCAAACCACCACUACUACACGCCCAACCACAACAACACGCCCAACAACCACCACUACUCGUCCCACGACAACAACAGCAGCCACCACCACUGCUUCCACUACCUCCCAGAUGCCUACCAGAGCCCAGACAGAACCCUACUGGGCACCUGCCCCAAAAUCCACAGCUCAGCCUCAUCACCACAAUCAAGGUAGAGGAAGACAGAAGCAAAAAACGACCCCCUACCCCACCUCUGUGUACCAUACCCAGACCUACACCGGGAUCUAUGUAGAAAACCACACUGACAAAAAAGAUGAUGGACAUAAAUCAUCAGGCGAUUCUGUGGCACGGCCCAGACAGCCCAAAGAAAAGCCAACAAAGAGGAAAGGAGAGAAAGUUCUCACAAAUGAGUAUGAGGACAGGUAUGAAGUAGAACUGCCCACAGAGGCAACCCUGGAGGACACAGAGGCAGAGGUUCUGCCAACAAGGAGGGGCAAGGGUAGACAUGACAAAGCCGAAAAGAAGAAGAAGAAGCCUGACAAGGCGACCAAAAGGGAUAAAGCAGAGAAGAAGGCUAAAGAGGGGAAGGGAGACGGGCGCAACAAAAAGACCUCCAAGAAGAACCAGGGUAAAGACGAGUUCCAGGAGCCGUCAAAGAAGCUGCCGACCUCCAUGGGAGCUUUGGCCUCCUUUCUCAACUAUUUUGAAAACAGAAGACGGCUUAUUGUGAUCACCACUCCUCAGGACGAGAAUGGCAUGUACGCACAGCAGAGGGAUGAAUACCUGGAGCAUGUGUGUGAGAUGGCCAUCAGGAAAGUCUCCAUCAUCACCAUUUUCGGCACCUUUACCAACAGCACCAUGAAAAUCGACCAUUACCAAUUGGAGAAUGACAAACCAAUGAAAGGCUUGCGGCAGGAGGACUUGAUGAACCAGGACCUGAUUGUCGAACUGCGGAAGGAAUUUGGGAUGACGUAUGAUGAGUUUUUCAUGGUGCUGACUGACUUCGACAUGAAAGUGAAGCAAUACUAUGAAGUGCCCAUAGCCAUGAAGGCCGUGUUUGAUUAUAUUGACACGUUCUCAUCACGCAUCAAAGAGAUGGAGCAACAGAAGAGAGAUGGCGUGUCCUGCAAGAAAGAAGAUAAGCCCAGAUCUCUGGAAAACUUCUUGUCAAGGUUCCGCUGGAGACGCAGGAUAUUCGUUAUAUCUGCUCCCAACGAUGAAGAAUGGGCCUAUCAGCAGCAGCUUUAUGCCCUGACCAGUCAGGCCUGCAACCUAGGCCUGCGCCACAUUUCAGUUCUGAAGCUGGUUGGUGUGGACACAGUGGACAUGGGAGGAGUCCUGGAGCUCUAUCCAAUCAACGGAAGCUCGACGGUGGACCGUGAAGGUCUUUCUGCCGCUCUGGUGAGGGACAUCAGGAACUACUUUCAGAUCAGCCCGGAGUACUUCUCCAUGCUUCUGGUGGGGAAGGACGGGAACGUCAAGUCUUGGUACCCUUCCCCCAUGUAUUCUAUGGCCAUCAUCUACGACCUGGUGGACUCCAUGCAGCUGCGCAGACAGGAGAUGGCCAUCCAGCAAUCGCUGGGCAUGCGCUGCCCGGAGGAUGAGUACGGCGGCUACGGUUACCAUCACCAUGGCUACCACGAAGGCUAUCGUCAAGGAUACGGUUACUGAGGGGAAAGGUAUAACAUUUACCCAAAGCUUCUCUCCUCUCCCUACACCUUGUGAUUUUUUUUUGUAUGUUCAGUUAAGAUAUGAACAGGGCUGAAAUUAUUCCAUUAUUUCCUUUCUCAUUUGUCAGUACCAAUCUGGCAGUAAGUUGUUUGAACUUGGGAAUGGAUUGUUGUUGUUUUAAUUGAUUUCUUUGUUCAUUCCAAGCCUAAAAGUGGCUAUUUUAACAGGAAUUCCUAUUGUAGAUAAAUGAGAUUUUGUUUGGACAUCUUCCUUUUUAUAUUGCAUAAUGUAUUUAUUGGUUAUCUGCUUCACCUGAAGCAAUUUAAUUUGGGAAUCAGAACCAGCUUUGUCACCGGAUAGAUAUUGUUGGAACCAAAAUACAACAUGAAAAUGUUUCUGUUUACUUUAAGGUCACUGUUGCUGCUUAUGUUCUUAUUUAUAUACAUACAGUUCUGAUAUAUGACAA